CAGGUGCUUUCUCGCUCUUGGUUGCAUUGUCUACGUUCAUCCUUUUGCGAGUGGUGUCCAAUCAUUUCCAAGUCCCUUGCUAAAUACUUCAUCAGGCGCAACGGCUUCAAGCAAAUGUCCCGCAUUUUCGUGGCGCUCAUAUCCUUCGCCGACGUCACGAUGCCGCUGGAAAAUUUCGUCUCACAAUGUAGGGAGGAGCCGAGUUAUGAAGGAGUACAUUGUGCACAAGACAUCUUCAGUGUGCUCGAGGAACUGAGUCCACGGGGCCCAGAGUUUACCAAUUCCUGUGUCCCUACAUCUCUGCUGAUCGUUAAUUUUGUCCUCAGUGACUCCAUCGUACUGUGGAGGGCCUGGGUUUUGUGGCACAAGCGUCGACUUUUCGUUGUCAUAUCAGCCAUCCUUGUCUUGUCUACGCUCAUUCUGUCAUCGCUGGGUGUCCGCGAUACCUGUCUGCCACAAACUAGCAAGCAGGCUGCUCAAGACUUCAACGAUUUACAUGGACUUUCUGCUAUGGUUCUGUCGCUUCUGACAAACGCUUGGGCGACAUCUCUGAUCACGUAUAAGGCAUGGGAGCAUCGUCAAUCGGUGAGAAGGAUGUUUAGAGGUGGAAAUAUAGGCGUUCGUAGUGCCAAGAUACUUGUGCUCUUUGUCGACUCUGGAUUAUUAUACUGUAUGCUGUGGGCAUUUCUGGUCAUUGAGACUGUCUUCGACUUGUAUAUUAAUGGAGGGUCACACCAGAGGGUGGUGAGCUUUAUAAAAGGCACAAAUCUUAUCUUUGAUACAGCACUCAUUCACAUAAUCGGAAUGUACCCGACGGCCCUCGUUGUACUCGUUUCCCUAACAGAUUUCACAGUGGAAAAUGCAACAAAGGUCGCUAAUGCGGCUGAUUUGCCCGCGCGGUCCCCGGAGUUCAAUAAACCUCACAACAUUACACGAUCCGGGGACGUGCUGGCCUUAAGACCAACGCCGAUGAUUACUGAGAACGGCGAUCCAUACAUCCAGAGUGUCAUCGCCAUCCUCGGCGACGAGAGCCCAGGGGAGGAAAAUGGAAUCAGAGUUCUCGAGAAUGUAGAGAAUACCUCAACUGUGUAGCGCAGUCUCAAAAUAUCUGCCGACAAUACCCUUUCAGCUAAGGUUUCGCCGCUCCC